UGAAUUCUUGAUCCACUAUUUCGAGGAGAAAGAGGGAGAGAGAUGACUAGCUGUAGUUGAAGCCUUGCAGGUCCACCGUCACCUCGCGCCGCCCGGCGAGUCGCAGGCAUUUGUUUAAGGGAAGGGAUUCUCUUCCGCCGCGGCUGCCUCUGCCUGGCUGGCUGCGUCGCCACACCCCGCGCACAUCGCGCUGCCCAGCUCUGCUGCUGCUGCCGCUGCGUGCGCAUCACUGGAAAGAUGGGCCUGUGGGGACGGGCUCCUUCUUUCCUUCACCGCGCCAUGAAUGAUGCGCCUUUUCUCUGCUGCUUUGCUUCCAUCUGGCUCAGCUCUGUGCCUCUGUCGCCCUUCUCCUUCCUCUCGGUGUCCCCUCUGUCGGUCCAUGCUCGUCUGCUGGCUCCUGCUUGUUGCUUAGGCGUUCUUGGUCAGGUGAGCAGCACUGGCGGCGAUGGCGAAGGAGACGGAGUACUACGACGUUCUCGGCGUCUGCCCCGCCGCAUCCGACGAAGAGAUCCGCAAGGCCUACUACAUCAAGGCGAGACAGGUGCAUCCUGACAAGAAUCCCAACGACCCACACGCGGCCGAGAACUUCCAGGCUCUUGGAGAGGCUUACCAGGUGCUGAGUGACCCUCUGCAGAGGAAGGCCUAUGACGGCUAUGGCAAGAACAGCGUAUCUAGGGAGAACAUACUGGAUGGUACUGUGGUGUUUACCCUUCUUUUCGGGAGCGAGCUGUUCGAGGACUACAUUGGCCAUCUUGCAAUGGCAACAAUGGCUUCCUCCGAGUUGACAAGCGAUAACGACACCCCCGAAAAGCUUCAGGAUAGGCUCAAGAAUGUACAAAGGGAAAGAGAAGAAAAGCUAGCUAGAUUCCUCAAGGAAUUCCUCUCUCAGUAUGUUCGUGGAGACAAAGAAGGAUUUGCUAAUCGUGCCGAAGCUGAGGCAAAGAAGCUCUCAUGCACUUCAUCUGGGUUGGAUAUUCUUCGCACCAUUGGAUAUGUCUAUUCUCGACAGGCAGCAAAGGAGCUUGGCAAGAAGGCCAUGUACCUAGGAGUGCCAUUCGUAGCCGAGUGGGUCAGGAACAAGGGUCAUCUGUGGAAGUCACAGAUCACCGCAGCGAAAGGGGCCUUGCAGCUGUUGCAGUUGCAAGAGGAGGCCUGCCGGCAGAGUAGCAAGGAUGGCAAUGCCACCGAGCAGGAUGUCGACUUGCAGAUGAGGAUGAACAAGGACCUGAUGAUGAGCUCACUGUGGAAGCUGAAUGUUGUGGAUAUUGAAAUGACUCUGUUGCAUGUUUGUGAAAUGGUGCUGUCUGAAAACAAUGUCAAGAAAGAUGAUCUGAAGGCCCGAGCAACGGCCUUGAAAUUUCUUGGGAAAAUAUUUAUGAGGGAAAAGGAGGCAUUGCCAGGGCCAGCACCAGCGCCAGGUCCAUCAGGACCGUCGAAACGAACGGUUCUUGACGACGACAGCAGCUCAGAUGACAGUUCAGAUGAUGACCUGACUCGGACAGCGCCAUACCGGACUCCUGCAUUUACCCAGGGAAUCGGCAGGCUGUUCCGAUGCUUAUGCAAUCCGGCUUAUGAUGUUGAUGAUGAUUUUGAGCCCCACAAAUGAGUCCUAAAGAGGAAGGUACCAAUACCAAUGGAUUUUCCAAAGGUUGGUGACUUUUGUCAAGCGUAUGAUUCAGAACAGUGUGAAUUCGGAUCAUACGUUGUGAUCCUUUGCUUGCCUUGAGGAUACACGUGUAGAUGCUAUUUCAUCUCUGGUGACCAGACCAACAGCUCAGAGAUCCUCAUUUUUUUCCUCCCAUGAACAGUAGACCUCCUCUCCGCUUUUUUUAAUAAAUAGAUCCAACUGAAUCUUGUUGAGCUUAUGUAAUCGCUUGCUAUUGUUGUUGUCAAAAACACAAAGAAGUGAAAGAACAAGUGCCUGUAAAAAUCCAUUUCUGAUCC